AUGCCCAACCCACUCACCGGCCUGCGUGUGUCCGCGCUGACCGCAGCCAAUGUUCUGCUCGCACUGCUUGUCGGGACCCCGCUGAUCGCUGCGGGGCACCGUUGUGUCUUCGACGAGCUGCAGCGCCUGCAGCUGGCGACUGGCACCAGUGCCGUCCCCGAGGUGGGGGACCGCGGGGCGCCGCCGCGGCAGGGUGCGGAGCAGCAUGGCAGCUUUACAGCCCCUGACCCAUGGGAGCCGAUCCGCAUCUCGGUGUUCACCAAGGACCUCGACGACAGCUCUCGCUACUGCACACAGCCAGGGGAGAUGAAGCCUGAUUUUUUUGGUUCUAUGCUUAAGUGUAAUUCCGAUAACGUGCUCACCGAUGAAAAGAAGCGGAUACUGCGUGAGGUGAUUGUACCCAACGCGGUGCAGAUGCACGAGGAUCGCCUGCUGGUGCAACCGCUCAGAGACAACAUUUGUGUUCAACACUUCACGGACGACGUUUGCUCUCAGUUUACAAUUCCCCAGUCCCACCACACCACCGGUGUGCCGGAUACCGACUUCGUGCUGUAUGUUGCGGCGGGACCAACUGAACCUGGUAAUUUCGCGUGGUCAAUCACGUGCCAGUUCGACACCAACGACCGCCCCUUGGUGGGUGUAGCCGAUAUUGGGUCCGUGGUUACUACCAACAUUAUUCCAUCUACACCUAUCUUGGUACACGAAAUACUUCACGCUCUGGGAUUCAACAUUGAAACUUUUCAAAGCAGAGGAAUGAUUAUUGAUGUGUCUGUUCGCGGUAAAAAAAAAGUUCUGUCAUGA